UGCUUAAGGGAGCAAAAAAAAAAAUGUUGUUCGUGCCUUUUUUCAUUGUGAAUUAAAUAAAUAAAUGACUUGAUAACGGCAAACGAAGGAUUAAAGGAUGGUUUUAUGAAUAAACCAUAUAAUCGGGCUGGAUUUUGCACGUGUUUAGUGUUUCUUGGUCAACAUGGGGACUAUUCCUGAUUUAAACGAGCUGACAACAAAGCUGGAAAACACUUUACUGUCUUACCACAGUCUGGAGGAGAAGGAGUGGACCCUAGCAAAGAAAUGGAAAGAUAUUACAGCAUGGAGGAAACCAUCAACAGAGUUUAAUGGCUACCUGUUUAAAGUUCAGGGGCUUGUUAUGGAAAAGACACAGAGGAUCGUAGAUUUUAUCAGACCAGGGCCGUGCAGGUUAGAAUGGGACAGUUUGGUGACUUCACUGGACAUUGUGGAGACGCUGGACGAGAAUUGCUGUGUGGCACGGUACGUGACUGCAGGACAGCUGUUAAACAUCAUCUCUCCCCGUGAGUUUGUGGAUCUCUCCUACACCACCAAGUACCAGAACGGCCUUCUGUCCUGUGGUGUGAGUCUACCCUAUAAGCAGCAGUAUCCGAGUUGUGUUCACGGCUUUAAUCACCCCUGUGGAUGGUUCUGUGUUCCUGUGGAUGAAUCCCAGAGUCUCCUGACCGGCUACAUUCAGACUGACCUCAGAGGAUUAAUACCUCAGACCGCUGUGGACACCGCCAUGGCCAGCUCUCUAGGAAACUUCAUUGUUGAGUUAAGAGCAGCACUAAAAAAAUAAUGCACAUGUAAACCUCAAAACAUUUUGUGUUUAAGUAGAGACCAAUCGAAUUAUCUGGUGCUAAAAUUAUGUUGUUGCAAAGCUGUUUUACAAAUUUAAAAGUAAUAAGAACAAUAAGAACAACCCACACAAUGAGGGUCCGGCAGUAGUUUACAGACUGUUUCUGCCAAAGCAGCAUGUUUUUAUUCAUUCGUUUUAUUUUUUAUUAUUACACUGUAUUAAUAGGAGAUUAAUAAAUGUAUUAAUACAUCAGUUUCCUAUACAGUAGGACCAGUUUAGCAUUGUUAGUAGACUUAGAAUGUGAAUUAGAUUGUGUCUAUAGUACUACACCUCAGACUUUUUUUUAUUUUUAGUACGUUAGUCUAUCUAUGAUUCUUGUGUAAAUCUGUGUAUUAUUAUGAAUAUUAGGGACAAAAACUCUAGAAAGGGACGAAUAUGGGUCUAUAAGAUUUGCAAAUCUUUUGAUUCUGUUUUUAAUCUACAUGUAUUUAUAUAUUUUACACAGCAUCCCAACUUUUUAGAACUGAGGUUGUAUAUAUUAACCGUUUAAUGUCUACACCAAUUCAUUUUAUUUUAUUUGUUUGGAGCAAUAAUAGAAACAAUUUGUGUUAAAAUCUAAAUACAAAACAUAUAUACAAAAAAUGAAGUGCAAUAUGAUUCUAAAUUUGUUAAAUUUGUGAUUUUAAACAGAUGUACUCCUCUGUGUGGUUCUGCAACAGCACUUUCUCUAUUUCCUGUCUUGAAAUUUCACAAAUUUCAUGUUGUAAACUACAAAGCAUUGAUGGUUUGCAUUCAUGAAAAGGCAUACUGUUACAGAACACAGUGACCUCUAAGUAAAUUGUUUUAGCCUAACAUACCUCUUCUGAUUGGUAGAGAUGGCACAAUCAGGUUGAGUUGAGAUUAACACCUUCUUCAGUAAAAUAAAAUGACUCAAAAUGUGCUCUACCAAUUGGUUAAGCUGAUCAUAAAAGGUUAAAGUGUGUAAUGGAUGCAAAUAUGGACUUUGUCUUUAGACACAACUACUUUUAUUAUGUAAUUUUGUUUAUUUUAACUGAAAGUAAUCAUUUCAGGUUGUGCGUUUUAGAUCAGGGAACAACAGAAAGGGAAGGAUUGUGAUUUAUUAUGUUAUUAUUGAAGAAUAUUCCAUUUGUGAUGCUCUGAGAUUUGAUGAAUGAUUUGUAUUUACACCAUGUUUAUUUAUAAGCAUUAAAGUCUUGAAAUCUUGAAA